AACUCCUGGGCUCAAGCAGUCAUCCUGGCUCAGCUUCCCGGAGUGCUGGGAUUACAGGUGUGAACCGCUGCACCUGGACUUGCAGAGGCCUUUUUCAGUGUUCUACUGUGAUUCACUACAGCAAGUAGGUGGAAGUGAGGAUUAGCGGGGAAUGUAAGGCAUAACCAAGCUGCAAAGAUUAGAGAAGUUUCACAUAGUAUUUAGUCAAUAGAGACAUGUUAGCAGACUAAACCUAUUUAUUUCAAAUAAACUCUUGAGGCCAGCUAUAUGUUUUUUUCCUUCUUGUGAUUCCAUAGCACUUUCUCCAGUUCUUUCAUUGGGGAUCAUUCCACUCAAUCUUUUCUGGGUUGGAUACUAGGUCCUGCUACUCUGAUUAGGCUCAAGGUAGAUAGGGGUGCUGCCUGGCCUGGUGAGAUUCUCGAUCCUUUCUUUGUUAUAAGGCCUCAGGUGAGAGACUUCUUGUUCUAAGAGCCCAGCACCUUCUCCCCUGAGUGUCCAGCUGCCCUGCAUGGGCUGGCCUGGCGGGCAACAUUUCUCACCCCUCAGCCCCUGGAGCAGUGUCUGUUCAUGGCACCCUUUCACCUCCUCUCAGUGAAGCCCAGUCUCCCCAUCCUUUGUUCUGAGCUCAUGUCCAGGCUGAUCAAGCUUCCCUCAGAUUUCAGUUGAGAGCAGCAGUUUUCCUUUGCUUCUUCUCUUAUUUUGGCCUGAGUAGGACACAGAGUUGGUAGCUUCCCUGAGGGCACUGGUGAUUGGCAUGCCUGAGCUGACAGGCUAUUCACCGCAUAAAACCCCUUCCAUAUGCCUUUUCUGACUCCGCAAGGUGCUCCCUCCCUUUCACCUACAAAUCUCGAGUGGUGUUGCAGAACUGUGGUUUCACAAUAUCAAACCAUUCUAAACAUGCAGAAGCAGUGAGAGGUACGAUCUCCUCCAGUGGCACAGAGGCCCAUUGCUCUAAAUCUCCUAAGUGCGCUAGAGAAAGAGAGAUCAAAGUGAACCGGAACCAGUGUAAACUGGAACAGUCAGGGGAGAUUUUGUGGAACAUGUAGAGUUUGCAUUUGGACCUGAAGUGUAAAAGGGAUUUUUGAAUGGGUGUGAGAGAGAAUGGGAAUUUGAGAACCGGGGGUAGAUGGGUGAGGGCCAUGGUUAGUGCACAGACUGGAAUCAUGCCUCCUGGAUUUAACUCCUGGCUCCACUUACUUUCUAGCUGUGUGAACUUGGGUAAGGCACUUGAACUCUCUGUGCCUCUGUGUCCUUGCCUGUAAAGGAGAUAAUUCAUAAACCAUAAGAGUGUUUAUGGUUAGAGAGAAAAAGGUUGGUUGAGAAGAGCGAGCCAAGAUGAUCAGGGUAUUAUGCAUCUUCUCAUAUCAAAUUUUGAUGCCUACCAGAAUCACCUGGGGAGCUUUAAAAACUCUUGGCACCUAAAUUACACCCUAGAAUGUCUAGGGGGUGGGAGCCAUGUGUCAGUGGUUUUUAAAAAUCCCAUGUGAUCUUUAAAAGUUUGGGAAUAAUUUUCCUCUUUUGUUUCCUACAAGUAUCUGAAGCUUUGCAGAAAGAGUUACAAAGUAAUAGGACAAAAAGAAAAUGAAUGAGGAAGUAAGGAGGAACAGGUAAUGAUGAAAUAAGGAUCCAAUGAAGCCAGGGAAUAAAGUCAGCUCAUAACAUGCAUACUAUGAAAUGCUGUGCAGUUGCUACCACGGGCCAGAAUUUUGACUCUGAGCUUCUUUGAAGCUAAAGCGAAAGGAAACCUGAGCAGUUCUGAAAGCCAUGAUAGGAGCCAAACGCUGUUUCAUGAAAAGCCCUGGGACUGCAGGGGCAGAAAGAAAUCUCUCCCGAGGCUCUUUGCAAAGAGAGCACCAUGUGGGACCGUGGACAGGGCUUUCAACAGUGUCCUCGCAAUCCCACGGACCAUUUGCUAAGUCACCCCUUAAUGUUGGCUCUGGAGGUCAUUCAAGGCCAGAAUUAACUGGUAAGAUCUCAUAUAGCAAGAAAAGUUGACUGUACUUCUUAAAUUCUUGAUUUUUAUCUGUAGCUGAUUUAAAAAUCCUUCCAUCUCCCUGGGCUCCUGACUCAUCUUAAACUAAUUAACCAGACUUGUUUACUUGUAGAUAGAGUGGCUGCAUUUUGUCUUUCCUGUGGUCAUUUCUUAUUGUCCUGGCAAUCAACUCAUCAUUUCCUUCAUUAGGCCAGGAGCUCGGAGGGACACUGCAUUGAUUAGGGCGCAAACCAGCUUUAGCUCGUCAUGAUGGUGUGCUUAGAGCAAGUUCACCUGCUUUGGCCUCCACUCUGAGGGUGGGGUCACCACUCCUUCUAGAGCCUGGGCUUAGCCACCGGGCCCAUCUGCCAGUGGAGGCACUGCCCCUGGGUCUGAUCUGUUGACAUGGAGACCUGAGAGGCACUAUUUCCUGCAGAUGGGCAGAAGAGGCAGCUCUGACCCCUCCUCCCUUAUCUCCUGUUCCCAGGCAGUUGAGAAAUACUAAUCAAGCCAGUCCUGUCUUUACCUUGGUACCAGCGUCGAGGGAGUGCGCCCCAGCAGAGUCCGUUCUAACUGGCUAGUGGCCUCAAGUGGGCCGUGGGUUGGGUCAGGAUGGGGACCAACUUGGCAGACAGCCAUCAGGGCGGCCUCAGGGAGGUGUGUGGCCUGCCCAGGCAGGGCAUUCUCCACACACCUAGUUGGCCCUGGAGUGCGUGGCAGCUGAGUGUGCUGGCUGCUGGGGAGAGGGGCACUGCAGCAGGGUGUGGGUGUGGGUGUGGGGAGCUCCUGGGCCAUGCGCUUCCCUACGCUCUGCUCUAUCUAUUGACACAUGAAUGUAGGUAAUUUGGGGACGGGGCUGGGAUGUGAUGUGUGCAUGUUUCUAGAGGCUUGCUUGUGUGACUGCCGGUCUCCGUAUGUGUUUGGGGCACACAUACAUGGAAUAGUCCCUCAGCAACGGGACUGCCCAGGGAGGAGCCGCUGUGCAUGCAUGGUGGGCGGGGUAUGCACCCAUGUGGGGAGUAGUGACCCAGCUGCCUGUAAGGGCCCUGGGCCUGGGGGUGCGUGUGUGGGGUCUCUACCUCCACCUGCUGUCCCUGGGGCUGCGGGCUUUCCUACUUUUCUUCCUUGUGCUUCUUCGAGAGCUGUGUGUGUGUGUGCAGGAGGCAGGCAGGGCUGUGCUCAUGGUGGCUUGCUCCGUGGCUCUCACGGCCCACAUCUGUAGUGUCUACAUCUUCCUUCAGGGGGUUGCCUGGUCUGCCCAGCUGGUGGGGAGCUGGGUGAUGCUGCACAUAUGGCUCUACCGUGCCUUGCUGGAGACCCUCAGACACGUUCCUUUACUCCCGCUGUGUGAGCAGGCGGCCAGGUGGCUGGUGUGGGCCGGCAUGCAGGCUGGCAAAGGCCUGGCUCGGGUGUGGGGUGUGGCGACCUUUGUGCAGCUGUGUGCCCACAUGGUCUUCCUGAGCAUGUACCUGUGCAUGCACAUCUGCUUUGCCACCAUCAGCUCUAAGGUCCAUGUGAGAGUGCACGCGCCGUUCUGUGUCUCACUGCCCUUGAAGGUCCAUGCCCCUCGGAGCCUGGACAUCAAAGUGGGGCUGCAGGGCCAGAAGCAUGGGAGAGCCACGGGGGAGGCAGGUGUGCCUCAGGGGGAGAUGUUGGGGAAGCAGGAACCCCAGACGUCCAGAAGCCCCAAGCCCACCAGGAGAAGGGAGGUGUCACGGAGUGAGCUCAGUCCAGGUGGGUAAGGGAAGGGGCUGCUCUGUGCCCCUUGGACUUGUCCCAGCCUCAGGUGCUAGUGCCCUCUUCCUGCAGCCAGCCCAGGCCUGGAGCCUGCAUCUCCUCCUGCACAGCCAAGCCCGUGUGGUGGCCCCUCCUCUCCCUCACUGGGCACUGGCACCUCUUUCCUAGGCUGAGUGGUCUCUGGGGAAGGCACAGGUGGAAUGACAGGGGCAGAUUCCAGUCCUUGCCCUCUGUCCUCUGCGAAUAGGGCUGUUCAUGACAGUGUUGGGCCGGGAGUCUUUUUCCUCCUCUGCCCUUGCCUUUCUGUACACCUGCCUCCCUCUGUGUUCGUUCCUUUGCCUUGCAGCAGCUCCCUUCCUCCCCUUUCGUCUCCUGCCCUUCCUGGUGGGCUGUUUCUCGUCUGGCUUCUCCAGGUGUUCCUCUCUUCUCGGCCACUAUGCGUUCUGCCCUAGGAGUCCUUCGGCCCGGGCUGCCUCUUUUCCUACCCAGCCCCCUGUCCGAGUGCCCCCAGGUGUGCCUGGUCACGCUCUGCUCAGCCCCGCGCUCUCU